ACUAAAUAUGAUACUGCUCAUGAAAAGAAGGUGAGCGGUGAAACUUUUUUUUAAUUCAAGAAAUUUGAAGAUGUACUGAUGAAUUUGUAAGAUCGGCUUGGAUGUACUGCAAAACUAUUAAUAAUAGAGCAAUCAUAUAUUGUCAUUUAUGGUAUUUAUACAUUGAUAUUUUGCUAAAUUACAUAGUCGUGAUUCUCGGCACCAGUGUGAAGUGUGCACCAGUACCAGUGGUAGUACACGAAAGAACCACUGAAUUAAAAAUACAAAUCAAAUGUGCACUUCAAACAGCCAAUACAAUCAAACAUUUUUUUUUUUUUUGCAUGUGCAAUACAUUUUAAUUGAAUCAUAUUGAAGUUGUUUUUUGUACUUAAGUACAGUGUUAAUGGUCAAACUGUGCAUAAUGCCACAGUGAUUUACAAUAAAUUAUAUAGUAAAUACGUUGUAGGAAUAAAACCUCGGCGUUGUUUUUUAUGAACAUUUAGGCCUACUACGUUACUCUAUAGUGUUUCAAUGUUGGUCAUUAUGGUGGUGCUUGGAGAGCUAUGUAUUUGUUGAGGUCGUACUUGGUGUAUAAAGUUUGAGAACCACUUCUAUACAGUAUUACACAUACGUACUAUAUAGUUCUAAUUUGGGAAAUGAAUGGAACGCUGCAAUAACUAUAAACUACACGUUUACUGGGAGUACAUAAUGACGUCAUAUAAGUGCGUCUGCUGUUUGAAAAGGACCUCUCAGCGAUGCACGCGGGUUUGACGGUCGUAGGUUUAGGCAACUUAACUCCACAUUUGUCAUUUUUACUUCGCGUUGAAGCAACAAGACAUUUAGUGAACAAAACUUUAUACGUUCUGUACAGUUCUGUGCUAUGUAAUUUCCGUAAAGGCGCUCUUUCAUGUCGUAAUAGCCAUUCAGGUGACAAAUUGUUACCCGGUGACUGGCCACGGAAGAAACGGCAACUUAACGUCAUAAUUCGUAGUGUGUACUCCAUGGAAAAGGUGGAAGAAGGCAGCCCGGCGUCUGCGGGGGGAAUCGCGGUGGAAGACUCCAAAGUAGCCGGCAAACGUAAAAGCGACGAGGCGAGCGGCGGGGGGAAAAGGCGGAGAGGAGCCCGAGGAAAGAAGCUCCGUCCCGGGGAGAGAUACGUGCCUCCUCCGCAGAAGCGGAACCCGGGUGUCAGUUUCAGCCGGGAGCACUUCGAGGAGACCUCGUACUACUUCGAGGACGGCCUGCGCAAAGUGCACCCGUAUUACUUUGACUUCAAGACCUACUGCAAAGGUCGCUGGGUAGGGAAGAGCCUUUUGGAAGUGUUCGAGAGUGAGUUCCGAGCAGAGUCCAUAGAGUAUUACCAGAGCGCUGUCAAAGUGGGUCGCAUCCGCUUGAAUGAGACCCCCGUGGAGGACCUGUCUGUAGUACUAAAGAACAAUGACCACAUGAAGAAUACCGUUCACCGUCAUGAGCCCCCUGUAGUUGGCAAGCCUCUGGAGGUCCUGGUGGAUGACGGUGAAGUCCUUGUGGUUGACAAGCCCGCCUCCAUACCGGUCCACCCAUGCGGCCGUUUCCGACACAACACAGUGAUUUUCAUCCUCGGCAAAGAGCGCGGCGUUUCGGAGCUGCACACGGUCCACAGAUUGGACCGACUCACCUCUGGAGUGCUGCUCUUUGCCAGGACUCUGGAGGUCUCGAAGAAACUGGAUCAGCUAGUGAGAGACAGGAAGCUUGAAAAGGAGUACGUGUGCCGAGUGGAAGGUGAGUUUCCGGAUGGUGAGUUGGUCUGCGAGGAGCCCAUCCUGGUCGUGUCCUUUAAAAUCGGGCUCUGCCGCGUCGACCCGAAGGGGAAGGAGUGUCGGACGGUGUUCCAAAGACUUAGCUUUAAUGGCAAGAACAGCGUGGUGCGCUGUUUGCCCCUUACUGGCCGCACCCAUCAGAUCAGGGUGCACCUCCAGUACCUGGGCUUCCCCAUCCUCAACGAUCCAAUCUACGGCGCCUCCGCCUGGGGUCCUCACAAGGGUAAGGGGGGUUUAGUGGGAAAGAGUGACGAGGAGCUCCUCAAAGCUCUGGUGGAGGAACAUCAGGGCCAGCAGAACCUCCACCUGCUGGAUGUAUCUGACAACGGGAGCAUGUUGUCUCAAGAGGGACGGAAGGAUAAUAAACUGGAAGAUGGAUCUUGUAAAGCUGAGAAGAUUGGUGAAGUUAUACUACAGGCCACCGCAAAGGAGGCGGAAUGUUCUUCAGACGUUAAGAGUGACAGAACCUUACCCAAAGAAUCUCAAGACCCUCUUCCGGAUAAAUCACAUAAAGCCCAAAUGCAGACGCCAGCAGACCCCCUGUGUAGUGAGUGCAAACUUGUAAGAGCUGACCCUACUGAAAAAGAACUCAUCAUGUACCUACACGCCUUGCGUUACAAAGGACCAGACUUUGAAUAUUCUACACAGUUACCUGACUGGGCUAAAGAUGAUUGGUUGGAAAUAGACUGACACAAGAUCAACGCUGAAGGUGUCUUUAAAAUUGCUUUCCACAAUAAACAGAUUUAUCAGC